AUGGACGGAGACGAGUGCGGCACCUGUGGCUCAACGGAGUUUUACGAUGAAGACGGGAGGAUCUUUUGCGCGAACGGGCACGAUCAGGGUUUGGGUCUUGCGACUGUCGAGGACGAUGCCGACUUUGGAAGACAGGGCACCGUGGUGAGGAAGAAGGAAAUCAAGAAGAAGCAAAAGAUCUCCAAAGUGCUUCAUGGUCCCAAAGCUUACCAGCUCUUCCUUCAAGCAUGGCAGUUCAUUCUGUGGAAGCAAAGUCAUGUGCUUGUCCAUCAGAAAGGAUUGCCGGCAGAGUUGUGGGAAAUUGUCAGAGACUUGUGGACCUUGUGGCUUUCGAAGCUAGAGCAUCGUCUCAGCGAUGGCCUUGCUGAUGCAUCGGACAAUGCGGACACGACAGCAAGCUCUGGCAACGAGACGGAUACUGGUCUCGACACCGAAGUGAGGCCCCAGCCAUCUAAGAGGAACAAAUCGGCACACAGCAAUCCUACGCUUGUUGAUACCAUUGUUCUGAAUUAUCUGGGCAUGGUCAUGCUUAGGAGACCCAUUGGACUUGCUGAAGUCUUGAAAUGGAUACUCGAAGAAGAGGUUCCGUUCAUCCGCGCGAUUCGGCACGUCCCUCAAGACAUGAAGGACAGACUACCGAGAGAGUAUCAACAAGCAUUGGACACCGUUCGGUUGUUGGAGCCUGAUGACCUUCAGAAAGUUGUCUACCACCGCGCAAAAUGGUACGAUACCUCGUUCGGCAUGGCAAUGCCACAGCUCAACCAGAAUCUCUUGCUGCUCAGCUAUAUCCGCCAACUCGCUCUGCCGCUCGAGAUCUACAGUGUUGCUCGGCGGCUAAAUACUGUCACGCGGUAUCACUUCAACUACGCUGACGUCGCAAAAUCCUUGAAGACAAUGAGGCGCCACUCAACAACAUAUCCAGAGUCUCAACUCAUCUCUCUCGUCAUUGUGGCCACAAAGCUGCUCUUCCCAUUCGACUCCGACACCAUAAAGCGUUAUCCACAAGAUCCCAACGACCCAGCAACACUGCGAAUGGAUUGGUCCGCGUGGCUCGAAGCCAAGGCGACAUUCGACAAGCAGAACGAAGUUGCCGAUGACGGCAACACGCUCAAACCGGGCUCAGAGAUUCAUGUUACUGACAAUGAUAUCCUUGACAUGACUGACCAACAACUGGACCAGUACAUGGAUUGGUACCAACAGAUGUGGAUCACAGGCAAGCAUGCUUCCCAAGCAGACCAGUCACAAGAACAAAACAUCGAGAAGGAUAUUCUCGACAUGUUCCCGCUCCAAGCUGUUGCCGAGCGCUCAAAGACAUCGGAAGAGAAUGAGAAAGCUUGUCAAGAAGAGCAGUCACGCCGCAACGCGCGAAUCAUGCAGGUCCAAUCCUCCCUGAAAACACGACGAGCCAUCACUUUGGAGGAGGAAAGUGAGCGCAACCUGGACGUUUUGCGCCCUGGGUCUCGAUAUCCGCGAUACCUCAAAGUCGAUGACCUGGACAGGGCGGCAGAUGGUGCCGUGGUGAAGAAGUUCCAUGAAGAAGCCGCCGGGGUCGCUUGUCUGAGUGUGAAGGCUCUCUUGCUGGCCGUGAGUCGUACGGAGGAGAAAAUCGAACAGUGGCUUGUGGACAGGAGAAGGGAAGAGGCAUUUGGCGAGCAAGGGGAGCAGGCUGGAGAGAGAACGGACGCGGACGACGACGACUCAGAUGCUGGUAAUCACAUGGAUUUCAUCCCCGAGACAAGUCCUCCAGGGAAGCUUGCGAGAGAUAUGGAGGGCCUAGAGAUUAGGCAGUCACCCAACGUCGAGGGUGCUAGCGCGCAAGCUGUAGACACGGAGAUGUUGCUUCACUCGUCACUCGGGGUUUGA